AUGUCUUCGACCGACAGCUUUCCCCAGACAGACUCUUCAUAUCCAUCCAACGACCUGAGGACCUAUACCACGACGAGGCAUUCCACCUCUCAGCUAGAUUUCAAACCCAUUUCACCCGAACAGACGAUCCACCUUCGCCAUAAAGUAUUAUGGCCGUCUAUAUCAAUAGAUGAUCAGUUGAUACCGGAGUACGACUUUGAGGAAGACACUAUUCACUUGGGUGCUUUCCUCAAGCCUCACCAGGUGACACCUUCAAUCGAGGCUGGUAUCGAGGCUAAGGACGAGGAUCAAAUACCAGAGUUGAUAGGGGUAUUGACAUUAGCGAAUCAACGAUACGAUGAUCCCUCUAUUGACGUCCCGGUGCAUAUCCAAUUACACAAGUUCGCUAUUCACCCUUCAUACCAAUCCAAAGGAAUAGGUCGGCAACUUCUCGCUCACGCUAUUCAGAUACUCAAAAUUAGAUACUAUAAAGGCAGGAUAUUAUUUCAUUUCGAUGCUAGAAUCAGUCAGAAGAGGUUUUACGAAAAGUGUGGAAUGAGCGUGUUGGAUGAAAAGACUUUUUGGAAAUUUGGUAAGACUGGGAAUGCAGAGGGUGUCCAGUAUGUCAAGAUGGGCUGUAUAAUAUGA